AUGGCAGGAACAGUCUUAGGAAAGCGCACUCGCGAUGCUGUUGAACCAGCGGCCUUGCCCGUACGAACUGGAAGCAAGCGCCGAACAGUUGCCCCCCGAGCUCCCCGAGAUCAGAAGCCCGCUGCGCCUUCCUCAUUACGGCGAACAAGGUCAACUGUAAAGAAGGCAGUCGACGAACCUGACCAGGAAAAUGGCCAGAACAAGACAGUGUCGGUGGUCAUUCCUUCCAAACAUACCCUGCGCGAUGACCAAUCCAAGUCGCCGGUCAAGAUAAAUUCGCAUUUUCCCGUCUCGAAGCCAGUGGAAGGUACGUUGGAGAGUGACGAAGGUAUUGCGCUUGAGGCGGCGCUAAUUCCAUGGGCAGAAGAGAUUACAAAACCCAUUGAACCUGAAUUCAAGACACCUUCGAAAUCGCGAUUCCGAGAUGAUUUACCGCAACAUCCUCCUCUCACACCCAGACAUCGAGUGCAGGUGGGAGCAAAGGCCAUUACGCCGCGAACCCCUCGCCAUGCCGAUCUUCCUCCGACCCCUCGACAGAGUGCGACUCCGACAAUUGCGCACUCCGUGUAUUCACAGGCCCGGCAAUUGUUUGCCCGAGGUGCCAACUCUGGUCGCUUAGUGGGACGUGAUGCUGAGCGCGAGAAGUUAGUGUCUUUUAUCACUGAGGGAAUGGAGUCUCGGACGGGGGGAUGCCUUUAUAUCAGCGGUCCCCCUGGUACCGGGAAAAGUGCCCUGGUACACGAAGUGUGCGCUGAUCUGGAUCUUUCGAACGUGAGAAUCGCGCAUGUGAACUGUGCAAGCAUGCGUAUCUCUCGCGAUGUCUACAGCCGACUCAUUCAAGAUUUCUGUGAGGACACGGAUGUGUUCAAGAAAAGCGAAGCGGAUCGCUUGAAAUCGAUGUUUGUUCCAUCCAGCAAGAAAGCGCAAGAUUUGUUCCUGGUCACUUUGGACGAGAUUGAUCAUCUACUGAACGGUGAUACUGGAGUGUUGCAGUCCCUGUUCGAAUGGGCAUUGCAAAGCGAGUCUAAGUUGAUGCUGAUUGGUAUUGCCAACGCUCUCGACUUGACGGACCGGUCCCUUCCGCAGCUCAAAGCGAAGAACUUGAAACCCCGUCUCCUGCCAUUUUUGCCGUACAGUGCCGUCUCUAUUGCCAAUGUGGUGACCAGUCGUCUUCGGUCUUUGCUCCCUCCUGGGACCGAAGCUGACCCAAAGCUUGUUCCUUUCGUUCAACCGGCGGCGAUCCAACUUUGUUCCAAGAAGGUCGCCUCGCAAACAGGGGACUUGCGCAAGGCUUACGAGCUCAUCAAGCGUGCAAUUGAUGUCAUUGAACAGGAAACGUUCCAAAAGCUAGAUAAGCAAGCCAAGGAGUCUGAAAAUAUCCCGAUACUUGGGGUGAACACCAAUCUCUCUUCACCUGCAAAAGCAGGCAGUGCUCCGAAGCCAACUUCAAUGUCAAGCUACACGGUAAUUACGGCGCCCCGAGCCAGCAUCGCCCACAUUGCCCGAAUCACAUCUGCAGCUUUCGGUCAGGGGACCGUUCAGAGACUUCAGAGUUUGAACUUGCAACAAAAAGCCGCUAUCUGCUCCCUGAUUGCCCUCGAACGCAAACGUCGCCAACUUGAGGUGCCCAGCACGCCCUCAAAGUCGCGUGCCUCUGCACCGACUAUCAAGCAAGCCUUUGAUACAUAUUGUACUUUGUGUCGUAAUGACAAUAUUCUUCACCCUUUAACUGCCACCGAGUUCAAAGAUGUCCUCAGCAACCUGGAGACAAUGGGCCUGGUUGGAGAAUAUCAGGGCCGCGGUCGUGGUGGAACUGUUGCAGGCGGCACAGAUCUUCGCCGUACACCCUCGAAGUCUGGCCAUGGACCCUCGACCCCACACAAGGCACUCGACGAGCAAGGUCUUGUCUGCUUCGUUUCCCAGUCGGAAAUUGAGGGCCAGAUUGCAGGACCCGGAGAGGGCAUUCUUCGGCGUCUACUCCGUGGCGAGGGUAUUUGA